AGAGAUAUUGACAUCCUUCAAACAAAAAGUAACAAAUAUCUAAUGACCAGACCCGAAAAAUCGAUGUCAAGGCCCAAGCUCAUAAGCUAAAACAAAAGAAAAAAAAAAAAAAAAAAAAGAAAAGACAAUUUAAAAGUAAGAUAUUUUGAGGGUUUUCUGCGGGAUAUUUUGCAAAGAAAAAAAAAUCUUUAGCAAUGAUGAUCCAAUUGGCAUGUGGAAUAUAUGAAAUAAAGCUUACACGUGUAAAAAGCGUUGCCAACUGGAUUACUCUUUUUGUCCCACAACCGCCCUUUCCUUACCCUCUCCAUCUUUUCCUCACCAUUAACCUACGAAGUACAACACAACUUCUUUUUUUUUUCCAGACUUCUCAAAAAAAAAAAAAAUAUCCCCAAAUUUAAUUCGGAUCAUAAUUUUAUAAAUUCGUUUAUUUUCUCUUAAUUUUUCUUAGAUUCGGUUAUGGCUGAUUCUACAAGCUCGCAAUCUUCUGGUGUUACCGGUGGUGAUCUUUCUGGUUCACUUGAGCAGGAGGAAACUUCAAAUCUGGAGUUGUUGGAUAAAGAACCCACAUCCUCUGAAUGGACAGAUGAAAAGCAUAGUUUGUAUCUUAAGUCUAUUGAAACUUCAUUUCUACACCAACUAUACAGUUCAAUGGAUUCAAGUUAUUUGUACUCACAAAAGAUGCAGCCUCCUUACACGAGAUCAUCCAAGCAUAAUGAAUCUAAGGCAGUUGAUCAGUUUCAGAUCUUCCAGCAUGGUUGCUGGCAGAGAAUUAAACUUGGAAGAGGUGAACCUCCCCCUCAGAGAGCAGGAAAGUGUCAUCUUCUACUGCAAAAUCCGUGGAUUCAGCAUUUUAGAAGCAAAUAUGGUCAAACUAUCCAGGGAAAUGCUUCAUACGGCAGUCAACCAGGGGGCUAUGAGGAAAGGGCAACAUAUACACGUACAUUUGCAGAUAUAUCAGACAAUUUUCCUAUUUGUCAAACUACCGCAGAUUCAAGCAUUGGUGAAGACCAUUGGCAUGGAGGAUUAUGGCAUAUGCAUAUAUAGCAGUUCCAUCAACGAAUGGCUUAUUGCUAGCUAUGCUGCCAUGCUGGUGCCUUAGACCACGGGGCAAAACUUAAUGUCUGGCGGUUUGGUUGACCAUUUUAUGAGUGUGAAUGAUUCUAUGUGCACAUUCUGCGUGUUGCUAACUUGACCAUAUAUUUGACUUGGGUUGCUAAAUUAUAUUUUUUCAAAGAAUGUUUUGAUGUGGAAAUAAUAUUUUCAUGUUUAGACCUAUCUUCGUGAAAAAAAUCACAAAGUACACUAGAUAAUACAUAAUAGGCAAUAGAUACAACCACAAAAGUCGAGUGUGGCCAUUUUAAAAUAAUCUUGUAUGGCUUUAUAUGUGAAAUUUGUUAACUGUUAUUGGUAUUCUUCUGUUUUUAAGUGGUUAGUUGCAUGAGUUUCGGUGGUGCUGAUCCGCAGUUGAUGUGUAAACUAACCUUAUGCUGCAGAACCAAAAAUGGUCCCUAAUCAAUUUAGGGAUUGUUGUGUUCAGGAAAUGGAGAUUGCAUUGUUGUGGCAUUUAUUUUUUGAUGAGGGAAAAGGGAAGUUCUUUAUGGCUGAAGAUGGGAAGAGAUCUGUCAAACAAAUUAGGCUUUUUUAGGAAGAUGUAUUAUCACACUGAUUAUCGAGAUGGAAUGAACAGUAGGAUGUCAAGAUACUUCUUCUAUUAGUGACUGACUGAGAUGAUAAGCUAGUGAUUAUAGCUUUUCAAUACCCUCUUAUACCCCUCGGGUAUUGGUGGUGUAUAUCUUUUAUGAUUCUGGUAGCCUUCACUUUGCUUGUAUGUGGUUAUUUCUGAACAUUUGAAUAUUUUGUGUUCCUAUACAGCAGGGCCUUAUUUGAUCAAUAUUAUCUGAUAGGGCCUUAGAUUUGAUCGAUAUUA